GCCCGGAUCGCCAUCCAGCCCCGCCCCGCCUUGGCCCGAAUCGCCAUCCAGCCCCGCCCCGCUGCAGCCGGGAUGGCCGUCCCCCGGCGAGGGAGGGCACACUGGGCACGCGGCGCGGGCACGUCCACUCCGGAGGGUGGGCAGGAAGCCCGGGGCGCGCAGGCUGAGCGGUCCCUCCCCUGUCGUUGGUAGCGCCCUGUGUGGGAGGCGGUGAGCGGCGCGGCGGGCCCGGGGCGCCGGCGGCUGAGCGCGGGGCCAUGAGGCACCUGCCGUACUUCUGCCGCGGGGAGGUGGUGAAGGGCUACGGCAGGGGCUCCAAGGAGCUGGGCAUCCCCACCGCUAACUUUUCUGAGCAAGUAGUUGAAAGCUUUCCAUCUGAUAUCCCUACUGGUAUAUACUAUGGAUGGGCCUGUGUUGGAAAUGGAGAUGUGCAUAAAAUGGUUUUGAGCAUAGGAUGGAAUCCCUUCUAUAAGAAUAUUAAGAAAUCAGUGGAAACACACAUCAUCCACACCUUCAAAGAAGACUUUUAUGGAGAAAUUCUUAGUAUAGUCAUAACUGGAUACAUUCGACCGGAAAAAAACUUUGAUUCCUUGGAUGCACUCAUUUUGGCAAUUCAGGAGGACAUUGAAGAAGCAAAAAGACAGCUAGAUCUACCAGAACAUCUUAAACUCAAAGAAGAUAACUUUUUUCAUCUGCCAGAAGGCAAAAUAGUAAACAAUCACUGAGAAAAACCACACAGCCUCUUUUUUUUUUUUUUAUUUUCUUUUUUUCUUUUUUCUUAUUUUCUCCCAUAUCAUGGAGCUUUUGUAUUUGCACUGCUGUCAUAGAUACUUUUGUGUCAUGUCUGUUACGUGACUGAGAUCAGAACAACCGUACAAGAUGACUUCUGUUUUGCUUAAGUCAUCAUUACCCCAGUCAUACAAAAGAACAAGAAGGCUGUACUAAGUGAUUAUAGACAAGCAAUGUACAAUGUAUCCUAAUGUUACCAGGUCUUUGAUGAUCUGAGCACAUUCAGAACAUGACCAAUCUUAAUUGUAACCAUGAGGUGUGGUUAGCUCAUUUAAUGGAGAGUGUCUGUUCUUAACAUAAUGUUCUUGUCCAUUUUCUAUGUAAUUCUUAGAUCUGAGUUUUAGCUUGGAAAAUGUUAGUGUCGGUUGACUCAGAAAAUUCCUGUGGCUAGAUAUGAUUAGAUAACAAUAGCAAGAUUAAUUCCCUGUAGUUCUUGGUUUUUUAUAUGCUGCACAGCUGUUAUGGUUGAAGCUGUUACUUUAAUUGAAAUUAUUUAUUUUAAGUUUAUUUGAAAUGGAAGUAAUCGCUAUUGCUCAUUGUGUUGCUAGAAUCGGAACUAUAUUUCUUCACACUUGACAGAACAUAUGAUAACUCAUGACUUUUGUAGUUUAAUUCUGAAGAGGUGUUUCACUUAAUUUCAAAAAAUGAGUAGAAGUGUGAAAGCUGAUAAACUUUAAGGUUCAGGCGUAAAAGAUGAAGAAACAAUAUAACAAGACUUCUGCUCAUUGCACCUUAAAGGAAAAGAGGUAGUGAAACACAAAUUUGCAUUUUAUGUGCUGCUGGUAGUUUUCAUAGGGAAAUCUUGAGGUUAUUCACUGCACUGGCAAUAAAAUGUCUGACUUCAAGGUUUGCAUUAUUGUAAGGCACAGAAAAAUCUCAUCAACACUCUGCACUAAGUGUAGGUAAGAGCCAAGGUUUUUGGAGACCAAGUAGAUAAAUACACAAAUGAAAACCUUUGGGGAUUUAUUACAUAAUGUAUCAACACUAGAAGGAAUAUUGGUUAUUUUUUAUAAGUAGUUGCAGUCUUACUCUGAAAUGUGGGGAUACAAGUGAGGGUUGGACUAGAUGAUCUCUGAAUGUCCCUUAUUACCCUAACUAUUCUAUGAUAGCUAAGUGGAAGGAGGUUGGUGACAGUUGAUGUAAUUUGAAAAAUAAUUUGAAAUAAGUAUAUAAUGUGUGAUUCAAUACCUAGUCUUCUUUUCCUCUGAUACAUUUUUCUAUCCCUUGGUGAAUGGAAGCAGGUUAGCUACAGUGACUGUCAUGAUCAUAACUUUUUGACAUCACUCUGUGAUAUGUCUUGGACAUAUUCUGAUAUUCAAAAUACUUAUUUAAAUAUGUCUCAGCUGUGAUUCUCUGUCUGAACUAUGAUGUUCAAUAUGGAGCGCACAAUUUCUGUAGUGAAAUUUGAUGAAUUUACUCCUUGUCCUAUUCUAAUUCUACCUUUUACUCUAGAAUUUGAGUUUUUGCAAAACAGCUGUUUCAAUCUUUGUGGCAAGUGCUGUCAAGAUGAUAGUUUCACUUCAUAUUGCUUUAAAUGUUAGCCAAUAACAUGGGCUGUUAUUAGGGAAGACAGCUCAUGUUUGCUCUUUAGGACUUAAGGAGAAAACUUGAUUUUGCUUAAAUGAAUUCUUCGCCUGUGGUGUUGAUAGCAGAGUCAGAUACAAUACAAUUGGGAGAGAUGGACAUGGGACAAUCUACUUUCUUUUAAAGGAGAAAAGAAAUUUACUGGGCUUUUUACUACAUAAUGUGUUUUUAAAAAGUCUGUAAAAUAAUUGUCUUGCAAGAUUGAUGAUUGAAAUUUUAAAAAGCAGAGAUAAAGGGAUAAAUUUUUUUGCUAAGAGUUUAUGCUUUCUUCAGAUUGUAGUAACGUUAAAAUCAUAUAUUUUACUAUUCCUUUUAGAGAAUAAACAGAAGCCACACUAGUCAACAGAGUGUGUUGUCAAUGUUAGAUUGUUGUUCAUCGUGGUACUGUAGCUAAACACUUGUAGCUGCCUUUAAAAUUGAUUUUUGCCAGUAAUGUCUUGGGUCUGUUGUGUAAACUAUGGUGCCUUAGGCUGGUUCUGAAUAAUACUUUUCUGUAUCUGCUAAUAAAUGCCACUAUCAAAAAUUCAACUCACCAUUUGAUUGUAGAACUACUGCGCUAUGGAUAAAGAACAGUAGCAAAGGUAAAACUUGAAAGACUUAACUUGCUCUCAUAUCCUAGCUGAAGUAUGGUAUAUGGAUACACUGAACUAAGAAACUGCUCUUUAAGUGUUUGUCUUCAAAGAGAGUGUGUUAGUACAUCCAUUUGGCUGAGUGUACCUGACCAUAAUAUUUAAGAGAAAAUGUUAUGCAUUGCUCUUUAAGCUCAAUAUAUAAUUCCUAACACAAUAUAAACUUUAUUUUUGUAUUAUGUACAAGUAGCUGUAUUUUGGUUGAUGUUGCACUGUACCCUUACUAAAGGAGCUGUAAUUGACAAAUUUA